CGCUGCAGGCAGUCUUCAAGUCCACUUGGACAACAAUACGCUCGCUUGACUUUUUGCACGUCUAUCGUUUAUUUCGGCCCCCGUCCACGCCACCAUGAGGACCGCCGAGGUGGCUGUUGUCAUGGUGAUGUUGUAUACAUCAAUGGCGCACAGUGAUGUGAAGCCGCAGAGGGAUUUCAACUUACAGAGGUUUGCAGGUAGGUGGUACCGCGUGGGCCUGGCAUACGACUCACCGAGCUUUGUUCAGUACAGAGACAAACUGAGGGUCUCCCUGGGUGUCGUCACGGCGCAGGCAAGCGGCAACGUUAACCUCACGAUGUGGGACGCCACACCUGCAGGGUGUCGCAGUAAAAUGUACUAUUAUGAGAAGACAAACAUUCCAGGACAGUUCACCUACUUCAGUACACGUCACAACAUGGUGAAGGACAUCACUGUCGUCGAGACAAACUACAAUGAAUAUGCAUUAGUGCUCAAACACAAAGUGUUUCACAGAGAGUACACCCAGGUGGCCCUCUAUGGUCGCACUCCGAGGGUGAGAGUGGAAGUCAUUCAGAAGUUCAAAGCCUUUGCUCUGUCUCGAGGGUUUCCAAGGGAAGCCAUUCUCACCCCACCGCCAGCAGACAACUGCCCUCCGUCGCCAUCUGGAUAAGUCCCCCUGUCGCUUCUUCCAUGUAUUCAGUUGGCCUUUUUACCUGCCAUCAUUUGCUCUCAACUCCUGUCUCUCCUGUUUCACAUUUCUACAAAUAAAUGAUUUACAAGUGACAACAAUA